CUGUGGCGUCAAGUCCCUACGUUGGAUGCUACCACGAGAGCAUACGACAGCGUCACUUCUCCGUGAGUCCCGGCAGUUACAACCCAGACAAGAUGACACCCAACUACUGCCGAGAAAGGUGCGGCACCUUCGACUAUGGUUAUGCCGCAGUUGCCCACGGUAUGACAUUGUCGGAUUUUUUUUUAUACCAGUGUAAGACUGAAAGUCUUUUAAUGGUCUUCUAAAACGUUUCAUAAAAUCUUUUGAAAGUCUUUUAAAAGUUUUUUAAAUAGCCUUCUGAAAGUCUUCUAAAAGUCUUCAAAAAGUCUACCAAAAGUCUUCUAAAAGUCUUCUGAAAGUCUUCUAAAAGUCUACCAAAAGUCUUCUAAAAGUCUUUAGACAAUAUAAGUAUACUGAAUGGCACAUUUUUUAACAAAUCCUUUUUUGUGUUGUAAAUACCAAUUUAUAUUGCAACCAAAAAUAUAUUCUUAAUUUGUAAAAUCUGAAUCAACUCUUAUUUUGUUGAAAAGUUUCAAGUUAAAAAAUCCCUUUUUUUUGUUCAAAGAGAGUAAUAACGUGGUUUCCUUCAGGAAAGAGCUGUCGGUCAAAGUGAUCUCAAGACGGAGACAACACCAGCUCUCUGUUACCACAAAGAAAUCAUUGGAUUCCGACUCCAAUGUCCCUUUUCUUUGUUUGAUAAAUGGUGCAUUCAAUGGCGUCACAUCACUGGAAGAUUUCCGGAAACUAUUCCGUGUAAAUUAAAUACCAGAUUAAUUGAAUAUUUAUUGAAAUAGAUCGAUGGUUAACAGCAAUUGAUCUCAUAAAGCAAAAGAUUACAAUGAUGAUUUAAUAUCCCAAUCGACGUCAUAGGUCAACGCAAUCUUGAUUGAUUGUAUGUCAACCUGGGCACACAACCAUGCCUCCCCUUAUUUAAGCUCAGGGCUACGAGGCUUGUGAAUCAAAUCUUGUCAUUUGUGAAUUAUGUGAUGCUUAAGAUAAUAUUGCCACAGUAUAGUACUGACUUUUAACUAUUUUAAAUGUUCAGGAAAAUUCUGCUUCUGUUCCAAAACACUUCCUGAUGGAAUAACACCAGAUUCUAACGCGCUGUGCAACAUGUCCUGUAUAGCACUGACCACACAGUUUUGUGGGGGGCCACAACACGUAGGUGUGUUUGAGUCCAUCACGCCACUGACUGGACUGCAGGUAAGUAACAUUGAACGCUGGGUACGCCAUCAACUCAUAUUGUCCUGUCUGUUAACAUGUCUGGGUUAGCAAUCAACUCAUAUUGUCCUGUCUGUUAACAUGUCUGGGUUAGCAAUCAACGCAUAUUGUCAUGUCUGUUAACAUGUCUGGGUUAGCAAUCAACGCAUAUUGUCAUGUCUGUUAACAUGUCUGGGUUAGCAAUCAACUCAUAUUGUCAUGUCUGUUAACAUGUCUGGGUUAGCAAUCAACUCAUAUUGUCCUGUGUGUUAACAUGUCUGGGUUAGCAAUCAACUCAUAUUGUCCUGUGUGUUAACAUGUAUGGGCUAGCAAUCAACUCAUAUUGUCAUGUCUGUUAACAUGUCUGGGUUAGCAAUCAACUCAUAUUGUCCUGUGUGUUAACAUGUCUGGGUUAGCAAUCAACUCAUAUUGUCCUGUGUGUUAACAUGUCUGGGUUAGCAAUCAACUCAUAUUGUCAUGUCUGUUAACAUGUCUGGGUUAGCAAUCACUCAUAUUGUCCUGUGUGUUAACAUGUCUGGGUUAGCAAUCAACUCAUAUUGUCCUGUCUGUUAACAUGUCUGGGUUAGCAAUCAACUCAUAUUGUCAUGUCUGUUAACAUGUCUGGGUUAGCAAUCACUCAUAUUGUCCUGUGUGUUAACAUGUCUGGGUUAGCAAUCAACUCAUAUUGUCCUGUCUGUUAACAUGUCUGGUUAGCAAUCAACUCAUAUUGUCAUGUCUGUUAACAUGUCUGGGUUAGCAAUCAACUCAUAUUGUCCUGUGUGUUAACAUGUCUGGGUUAGCAAUCAACUCAUAUUGUCAUGUCUGUUAACAUGUCUGGGUUAGCAAUCAACUCAUAUUGUCAUGUCUGUUAACAUGUCUGGGUUAGCAAUCACUCAUAUUGUCCUGUGUGUUAACAUGUCUGGGUUAGCAAUCAACUCAUAUUGUCCUGUCUGUUAACAUGUCUGGGUUAGCAAUCAACUCAUAUUGUCAUGUCUGUUAACAUGUCUGGGUUAGCAAUCAACGCAUAUUGUCAUGUCUGUUAACAUGUCUGGGUUAGCAAUCAACUCAUAUUGUCCUGUGUGUUAACAUGUCUGGGUUAGCAAUCAACUCAUCUUAUGUGUAAUCACGUUUGCGUACACACUCAGCUCAUCUUAUGUGUAAUCACGCCUGGGUACACGCUCAACUCAUCUUAUCUUUUGUGUUAACACGUUCUUCACACAUUCUUAUAACAAGAUAUUUAACUUCCUACAAAUACAUGUCCUAAUCUUUUAGUUACAAGGCAUGAUAUGGUAGUCAAUUAGGCUUGCCAUUUAAUGGCUAAAAUCUAUUAAUAGAACUGAUGUAAUCAUCCGGGUACUCGGGUCGAAAAAAAUAUCAACACUGGUCAGUAAUACUAAAUGAGCUAAGAGGCCCUUAACCUAAAUGAAAAUUUGUUUACAACUAUAUUUCACGAAAUAUUUUACAAUUUUUUUUAAACUGGUUUUUUUGUGAAAUGGGACUUCAUUACACGCACGGCACAUGUAGCAGUGACUCUAACUUGUAGCAGUGACUCUAACAUGUAGCAGUGACUCUAACAUGUAGCAGUGACUCUAACAUGUAGCAGUGACUCUAACAUGUAGCAGUGACUCUAACAUGUAGCAGUGACUCUAACAUGUAGCAGUGACUCUAGACACAAGAAUCGUCUAAACGCUAUGCUGAAACACACGAUUAGCUGCGAUUCCAUUUGUCCGACGUUCUAAAAAUAGUAACGCUAUGACGUUGUCCGGUCAGUGAAAUGUCCAAACCUAUAAUUGUAGUGAGACCCGCAGUGUUGAAUUUCCUAACAGUCCAAGCCUAUUGGUCAAGAGCACCACAGCCGUGUAUAUCCCCCACCCCCCAACUAUGGUACGUUAGUCAAGAGUCCCCCUUUUUCGUAUUUCCUGGCUGUCCUAAUCUUAAUACUCAUGUUUCAGCUGGUGUAGACAUCUUAAAUUGUUCAUGGUAGGUUACCCACCCCUUAUUGUAUCUAGUUCAUGGGUGAUCAAAGCAUUUUGCUUUUAAAACAUGCAACAAUUGGGUUUAAAAUGACGUAACCAUGUGGUUAACUAUCUCUAGCGUAAUGGGAAGUUAGGGAAAUCAUUUCUAGCGCCCCAUGUCAAAUUAAAUUAGUCAUUUUUAGCGCCCCAUAUCAAAUUAAAUGAAUCAUUUCUAGUACCCCAUGUCAAACUAAAUAAAUCAUUUCUAGCGCGCCAUGUCGAUUAAACUGUAAACCUUAACUAUCAACACUGAAAGUUGUCAUGUGUGUACCGUUUUAAAUCAAUGUUAAAGAUUUGUUACAAUAUAAUCAAAUUCUAGUGACCUGAAUGUUACAAACUCCAUAUCUAGGUCAUAUCUGAUGUCACUGGCAUAAGAGGGACACCAACAACGGUGACACUCAGCAUUACUGUUGCUACAGGUUGGUAUCAGAACCCAUCUUGUGAUCCUCUUCUAGAAAUCGUAUUGUGUGUUCAUGUGGUGUUCAGUCAAGAACUCGUAUUGCGUGUUCAUGUGGUGUUCAGUCAAGAACUCGUAUUGUGUGUUCAUGUGGUGUUCAGUCAAGAACUCGUAUUGUGUGUUCAUGUGGUGUUCAGUCAAGAACUCGUAUUGUGUGUUCAUGUGGUGUUCAGUCAGCCGUGACUUUUAUUGUGCUUUCCUUUCUUGACAGCGGCCACUUAACUUUUUGACACAUUAAAAUUUCGCCAACUCAGUGAGCGGUAUUUCUUUUCCCUUUUUGGUUGAACUUUUGUUAACACAACUGGUUGUUUCUCUCUUGUUUUUGCUGUUCUCUUAUUGCCUCCCGCCCCACACCCCAGCCCCCACAAUUUCUUCUGCAAUCAGUUGACCUUGGUUGUGAGAGUUUGAAAGUUCAAGAUAAUGUCUAGAAUCUCCUUGUUUUUCCCGUCUUUCUUCCUGUGGAUAUAACAGGGGUCCUCGAAACUAUUAAUCAGGGAGCCGGUUCACUGUCCCUUAAACACGUGAAGGUCGGUUGACUGUCCCACAAACACUUUUGGUGGCCGAAUAAUGGUUUAAUAUAAAUAAUUACAAUGCACACUGUAUUAUAUCAUUGCACACAGCCAUUAUAUCAAUGCACACUGCAAAUGUAUCAAUUCACACUGCCAUUAUAUCAAUGCACACUGCAAAUGUAUCAAUUCACACUGCCAUUAUAUCAAUGCACACUGCAAAUAUAACAAUGCACAAUGCACAUAUAUCAAUUGAUACAUUGUGGUUCAGGGAUAAGUCAUCUUGCUUGAGAACUUCAGAAAAUUUAUUGACGGUUAUUGACGUCAUUGUCUACAGCCUUUAGCUGCUGUCAUUAUUGACGUCAUUUUCUACAGCCCUUGGCUGCUGUCUUUUAUUGACGUCAUUGUAUACAGCCCUUAGCUGCUGUAAUUAAUUGACGUCAUUAACUAUAGCCCUUGGCUGCUGUCAUUUAUUGACGUAAUUGUCUUCCUCCCUUAGCUAUAGCCAUUUAUUGACUUCAUUGUCUACCUCCCUUACCUACUGUCAUUUAUUGACGUCAUUGUCUACAGCCCUGAGCUGCUGUCAUUUAUUUACAACAUUGUCAACAGCCCCUAGCUACUGUCAUUUAUUGACGUCAUUGUCUUCAGCCCUUGGCUACUGUCAUUUAUUGACGUCAUUGUCUUCAGCCCUUGGCUACUGUCAUUUAUUGACGUCAUUGUCUUCAGCCCUUGGCUAAUGUCAUUUAUUGACGUCAUUGUCUUCAGCCCUUGGCUAAUGUCAUUUAUUGACGUCAUUGUCUUCAGCCCUUGGCUAAUGUCAUUUAUUGACGUCAUUGUCUUCAGCCCUUGGCUACUGUCAUUUAUUGACGUCAUUGUCUUCAGCCCCUGGCUACUGUCAUUUAUUGACGUCAUUGUCUUCAGCCCCUGGCUGCGGUAGUUUAGUGAUUAUACACAGCCACUUCCUAUUUAUUGUUGGUAAAAAAGGACAAGGAUCUGCCCACGUGACUUGUGACCUAAUUAAGUGGAGUGACUAAAAAGCACACGUGUUCAAAGAAUCUGACAUUCAGACAAACAAUGAAACAGAGUAUCAGACACACAUAGAGGCACUCAAACCUGACAAUCAGACAGUGAGACAAUCAGAAUGACAAUCAGACAAUUUCUCAGUCAGACAGACUCUCAGAUUGACAGUCAUGCAAUCAGACAAACAAUCAGACAGACAAUCAGACAGACUUAAACCCCCUAAGUAGUUGAUGUAAAAGCAACUGGCUUUGGAGCAUAUGUUUUUAAAAAGUAAGAUUUUUUUUUAAAGACUUCAGGCGAUCUGUUCGUUUUGACAUCAGCAAUGACUUAACUUCUAAUCACCUGUAGUGAAAUCACCUCUACUUUUACAAUUCCACAAACCUUGUAAUUGUACAAGGACUUAAAUAACAUUUUCUUGAAUCCAAAUCAAUGAGUUGUUUAGUCCUCACCAACGCAAAGAGAUAUGAAGUCUUUUUGUGGAAAUGGAAAUCAAUUCUCUGGAGUAGACCAUUGAUUAAUAUUUCAAUAUGAGAAGAUAAUCCAUGGCUUAAUGCAUGCCGGUAGUUUUUUAUCAUCUCCCUUUACAGAGUGGUUCCCAGUUUCAUUUGUUUGCGAUCUAAUUUUGAUAAGACUUUUAAUUAGAGCAACAAUGGGACAACCAAAUCUAAAGCCAAGAAAACUACAUAACGUUACUUCGGGGGUGUCUCAAAUUAAAAUGUUACAACUAAAAUGUUACAACUAGAGUGUUACAACCAAGUAUUACAUCUAAAAUGUUACAACUAAAAUGUUACCACUAAAACGUUACAACUAAAAUUUUACAAAUAGCAUGUUACAAUCCAGUACAGCAAAUAGCGAUUACAAUAAAUACAUACGCUACCGGUAAAUUUAAAGUUAGAUCAUCAUACAAUUCUAUUGGUUGCAUGCCAUUUUCAAAGUAUCGCAUUCAUCUAUUGUACGGUAUAUAACAGGCCUGCACUACAUACGGCCCGCCAGCACCACUUGGUGGCCCAUGGAGUGAAGAAAUAUUCUUUAGUAUUUCUAUUAUUUUCUUAAUAGCAUGUGUCCCCUGCCAUUUUAUCUUUUUGCCCGCACAAGUUUUUCUUAGUAUUACGACCCACCUUACAUUUUGAGUUGUGCAGGCUUGGUAAACAACGUAGUCAAACUAUGUUUGUGUCAAAAUUGUGAAUACUUUUCUAGUGUAUUCCUUUACCCCUAGCUAUGGGCGUGUCAUGCCGUGUAUAACGUAAGGACUCUAUGUUGUUUACCCUUGUUGCAUUUUGUGUGGAGCAAAUGUCUUUUGAACAUAAAAAAUAUGUGCUAGACUGAACAUGAAGCUUAUUGCACUGAAGCUUAUUGAACACUGCACCAAAAAAGUAUGGUAUAAGACUUUUAGGGUACUUUUUAUAUACGAAGUAAAAUCUGAUACUUCAAUAAACGGAGCCCCCGUAUCUUUGUAUCCCCAGGGAGUCGUCUGAUGUACAUGGCUGACUUUGAUGAUAACGCUGGCUUCACGUCCUACAACGAGACUGGCUUCGAGUCUCGUGAGCUGUAUUUGCCUGGCGAUUACCGUGUCCAAGUGGCGGCCAAUGAUAUGGAUUUGUCCUUCCAGGUAAAACGGGUUGGGCGAUGCAGGUGGAAAUGAACCUGAGCUGUGGCUACUGCAUACCAAAGAAAUGAAUUAUACAAUUAUUUUAUCGUGUACGAAUUUUAAAAAAAAAUCUUUUUGAAAAAGCUUUUAAUACGGUUUGAUCAUGUACAUGUUUGCCUUAUGAUCUUAUAUCAUGUACACGUCAUCAUUUAUCCCUCCACAUAUUACACUGUUUUGAUUUGUUGAUUCACGGUCGAUCUUUUUUACAUUUUUUUUCCCUAUCUAUUGUCUUGUAGUUAAGUAUUUGAUCACAUUAGUAAAUCACAUAAACAUAAUAGUUAUUCACUUCUUUACUUAGUAGAGAUGAACAUAUUGCAUAAAUAAGACAUAUAAAGUAUAUGAAGUGGGUUAUAACUUCUCCCCAUUCUAGUCAAAUUAUUGUAUUUUUUAACUGAUUAAAAAUAUUUCAAAAUCAUUUAUUAAUGAAAUAUUUUAAAGAAAUAAAUAGUUUCCUUAAAACGUUUUUAAAAAAAAAUACCAUUGAGUAACAAUGAAAAGAUUAAUGAAAAGGAUUUGUGGGAACACAACUAGGUCAAGAAACACCGUCUGUUGCUCUCCGAUGAAGUGUAGAAGGAUGCAAAAUUAUAUGUUGAUAUGCGCUAGAAUACAUUUCUGAAAUUUUAAAUAAUGAAAAUUCUGGUGAGGGGUUCCCUUACCAAACACCUCCUUAAUCUCCACCCCCCACCCUCUUUUUUUCCAACCGAUCCAAAGAACUCCAUCAGCACAUUUUCAUCAUGAUUUUUUAAUAUUAUUUGUUAAAUGGAUAUUGCAAUUUUAAAUAUUUGUCUUCCUUAGCUUAAACUCACAAAAAUGUGUUUAAAAAUUCACUGCAUAUUCUAGUUUUACUUUAAAGAUUCCAGGGGCGCGAAUAAGCUGGUACUAAAGCAUACCCCCCGCCCCCCGGGGUGUCACACUCGCAUGAAAAGCCAUACGCAAGAAGCAUAAAUCGUAGCUUCUCAUUUACUCCAGGACACAUACGCCGUCACAGGGUUUGUUCUAGAACAACCGGUGAGUGACGUGGAGAUACUGUGUGACCCCGCCUUCGCUACACACGAGGAGGGUCGUUGCGAGGUCACGGUCUGGAGAGGGAGCAACCUUAAGCUAGACGCAACUUUCCCAGACAGAAGUGAAUUCGACAUCCACUUGGAUCCCAUAGCAGGUUGGGAAAAAUGGCUUCUCUUAUCCUAACAUACAUUUUUUUAUCACAUUACAGGUUGGACCACAUGACUACUAUUGACAAAUCCAGAUUAACACCCUUUGGUGUCCUGAGCACUUAAAUAUUCUGGGAAGCCAUAUUUUUUAUAACUCUAAAUAUCAAGAAAUAUUUAAACAUAAACUACUACUUUAUUGAUAUCAACCGAACGUUCUCUUAAGAUAGUAGAAUAGUAUAUAGAAACUUUGUUUACAUUUAAAAACAAAAUUACACUACAAUUUAUAAUUUCAAGUCUUUUAUACAAUCCUAAAACUACUUUUCCGUAAUACAUUAGCUUCCUCACUCAUUUAAGAUAGACCACCCAACUUGCCUUGUUGGAAAGUUAAGAUAGACCAUCCAAUCUGUCUUGUUGGAAAGUUAAGAUAGACCACCCAACCUGCCUUGUUGGAAAGUUAAGAUAGACCAUCCAAUCUGUCUUGUUGAAAAUUUAAGAUAAACCAUCAAACAUGCAUUGUUGCGGACUUGAUCUGCUAAGGUAUUUAAAGACUUUCUUUCUACUCGCUAUGCCAUCUUGUUUGUUAGUACAUCGUCAUCUUUUUGUUGAUGCACGUGACCUUCGUUCGGUAGCUUGAGUCUUCCUUGUGCUGACCUGUAAGUUCACAUCUGAGUUGAUGAAACAGAGUUACAGCUCUGGUACGCUGACCAACGAAUGGUAACUCUGACCAACGCACGGUAACUCUGACCAACUCAUGGUAACUCUGACCAACGCACGGUAACUCUGACAAACGAACGGUAACUCUGACCAACGCACAGUAACUCUGACCAACGAACGUUAACUCUGACCAACGCACAGUAACUCUGACCAACUCAUGGUAACUCUGACCAACGCACGGUAACUCUGACCAACUAACGAUCACUCUGACCAACUCACGGUAACUCUGACCAACGAACGGUAACUCUGACCAACGGACAGUAACUCUGACCACUUCAUGGUAACUCUGAUCAACUGACGGUAACUCUGACCAACGAACGGUAACUCUGACCAACCCACAGUAACUAUGACCAACGAACGGUAACUCUCACCAACAUACAGUAACUCUGACCAACUCAUGGUAACUCUGACCAACGCACGGUAACUCUGACCAACUAACGAUCACUCUGACCAACGCACGGUAACUCUGACAAACGCACGGUAACUCUGACCAACGCACGGUAACUCCUACCAAUGCACGGUAACUCUGACCAACGAACAGUAACUCUGACCAACGAACGUUAACUCUGACCAACGAAUGUUAACUCUGACCAACGCACGGUAACUCUGACCAACGAACGGUAACUCUGACCAACGCAUGGUAACUCUGACCAAUGAACGGUAACUCUGACCAACUCACGGUAACUCGAACCAACGCACGACGAAUGUUAACUCUGACCAACGCACGGUAACUCUGACCAACGAACGGUAACUCUGACCAACGCAUGGUAACUCUGACCAAUGGACGGUAACUCUGACCAACUCAUGGUAACUCUGACCAACGCACGGUAACUCUGACCAACGAACAGUAGCUCUGACCAACUCAUGGUAACUCUGACCAACGCACGGUAACUCUGACCAACGCAUGGUAACUCUGACCAACGCAUGGUAACUCUGACCAAGGGACGGUUACUCUGACCAACUCAUGGUAACUCUUACCAACGCACGGUAACUCUGACCAACGAACGGUAACUCUGACCAACGAACGGUAACUCUGACCAACGCAUGGUAACUCUGACCAACGCACGGUAACUCUGACCAACUCAUGGUAACUCUGACCAACGGACGGUAACUCUGACCAACGCACGGUAACUCUGACCAACUCAUGGUAACUCUGACCCACGAACUGUUACUCUGAACAACGAAAGGUAAAAAGUCUUUAAAUUCUACUUCUUAAUUUUAUGCAUGGGUAAACAGCUAAGUCACCAUACCCAGUAUCUUGUUUUGUUGUUAAAUAUGUUUGCUUGUUUUUGCUUUAUAAUUUACAGAUUAAAACUUGUUUAUUAAAAUGUAGAUUAAAAAUAUUUAAAAGUUUCUUAAAUCUCUUAAAAUGCCUUGACGCAAAGAAAGUCUGUGCAGAAAAUAUGUUUAAAAUUAGGAAAAAAUUACAUAUUUUAGUUUGUUCUAGUUCGAAUCCCUUGUCUUUAAAGAAUCCAUUCUUAAUUACCCUUAUUCACAUAAUGUCCUUGCUAAUGAAUGUUAAGAUAUUUUAAGAGAAGUGUGUUUUACCUUUGAGUGUUUUUCAAACGUUCUUCGAAAAAUUGUCUUUUUAAAAUUAAUAUGUUUAAAAUAUUUUCUAUGUAUAUUCCUGGGCAAAUGAACACUCAAUUGAACACUUGGUUAUCGUUUAUGUUCAUAUGAACAUUUGGAAAUAGUCAUCUACUUUUUUUUAAACUUUAAAUAGUCGACUGCUAUUAUAAGGAUUAAAUAUACGAAACUCCACUUUCAAAAUUUAAAACUGUAUGCCUUAUUGUUACAAUUUUAAAAUCUGUUUGUAUGCGUCUAAUCUAUUUGAAUUUCUUAAGCUGAACUGUAUAGUAGCUUAAUGGAGUCCAGCAUGGUUGGGUAAGAUAAGUCUUAUCAUAGAUUCAUUUGGUAUGGUUACAGUAAGACAUAUCACUGAUCCAUUGGCUACGGUUACAGUAAGACUUAUCAUUGCCAUUGGGGCUAUGGUGAAAGUAAGACUUAUCAUUGACAUAAUGGCUAUGGUGAUAGUAAGACAUAUCAUUGACAUAAUGUCAACGGUGACAGUAAGACUUAUCAUUGCCAUUAGGGCUAUGUUGAAAGUUAGACUUAUCAUUGACAUAAUGGCUAUGGUGAUAGUAAGACAUAUCAUUGAGAUAAUGGCUACGGUGACAGUAAGACUUAUCAUUGAAAUUAGGGCUAUGAUGACAGUAAGCCAUAUCAUUGACAUAAUGGCUAUGGAGAUAGUAAGAGUUAUCAUUGACAUAAUGGAUAUGGUGACAGUAAGACUUAUCAUUGACAUAAUGGCUAUGGUGACAGUAAGACUUAUCAUUUACAUAUGGCUAUGGUGACAGUAAGACUUAUCAUUGACAUAAUGGCUAUGGUGACAGUAAGACUUAUCAUUGACAUAAUGGCUAUGAUGACAGUAAGACUUAUUUUUGACAUAAUGGCUAUGGUGACAGUAAGACUUAUCAUCGACCUGAGGGACAUAGUGCUUUAAUAUGGUGUUGUAUCCUCACACAGAUCCAAUCGUCUCAAUGGCGGGCUGGUGGGUCCCACAACCCCUUGUAACAGCCAGCGCAGGAGUUUACUUGAUGAGAUACGCCCUCUUCAACACGAUAGGGAAGAUCUACGGCUGGCGUCUCCAUGUCAAUGUGCCCGGUCCAAUAGAUCUAAUGGUUAGUCGAUAGUGCUGUCUCUUUGGAUUAAAUGUAUUUUUUAUUUCUUCAUUAGACUUUCAGUCUCAAAUACCAGUUCAUCAUAUCAGUCACUCCAUCACCCAACCCGCUCGUUCCUAGUGUCCCAGUAACUCUGAGACAAUAAUAAUAAGAAGAAAGUUAAUUUGAAAAAUACGCUUCAUCCCCCAAAUCUUGAAGCGCGGUUCAAAGUCAACCAUAUUAAAAUGAGAAAUAAAACAUUCUAAAAUUUACCACAUUUAAAAACAGAUGCAACAAUAUAAAAACUACAUACAAGCAUAAAAAGUCAAGGUCUUUCACCCCAUUUCAACCAUAAGCAACACAAGCCAAUAUACAUUAACUGGAAAAAGAUGGUAGAUAGCAUCACUCCAGAAGGUGUUUGCGAAAUAGAUGUGUAUUUAAAUCGUUUUUAAAGGACUCCAGUGGCUGGCUGUUUCUGAGAACGACAGGAAGGGCGUUCCAAAUUGUUGGGCCAGCAAAAGCAAAAGUUCGCUUUCCGUAAGUCUCAAGGCGAUCACGUGGUAUCGAUAUUUUGCCACUAUCGGAUGAGCGGAGCUCUCUAGUGGGUACAUAAGGCGUCAUGAGUGCUUUGAGAUAAGACGGUGCCAAGUCAUGUAAGCAGCGGUAGCACAAAGUUGCAAUUUUGAACUCUAUGCGAGCGCGGACCGGCAGCCAAUACAGCUCUCUCAGAAGUGUUUUAGCAUGGUCAAAUUUGCGUUUGCGAAGAACAAUGCGAGCCGCAUUAUUCCGUGCUCUUUGAAUUUUAUCCAGGAGCGUAGCUGGAAGACCCACCAUGAGAGCAUUGCAGUAGUCUAUGCGUGAUUGCACGAAUGCAGACAUCAGCCUCUUUGACGCGUCGAAUGUUAAGAAAGAUCAGUUAUGACUAAUCCUGCGCAGCUCUAGCAAAAUCGCCUUGCAAAGCAUGUUAAUGUGAUUUUCCAUAGUUAGUGUUCAUUCUAAAUAGACACCCAGGUCUCGCACUGUUUGAGCAAACUCAAUCCGCACAUCUAAGAGAGCAAAUGAUGUGUUAUUUACAGAUUUUUGCUUCUGAGUGGUGGCAAUGGGGAUCAGCUCAGUCUUUUCAUCAUUCAACUUGAGCUUGUUUAUGGUUAUCCAGUGCUUACUGACUCCACUGUCUUCUGUGUCAUACUAAGAAGCUGAAUGAUUUUAGAGUGGGUCACGGAUUGCUGAAGUUGCGUAUCAUCCACGAACAGGUGAUAGAGCAUAUCAAAUUGCUUGAUCACUGCACCCAGUGGCUGAACGUACAUAGUGAAAAGCACCGGGCCUAUGACUGAGCCCUGUGGUACUCCGAAUUCAAUUAUAAAUUGCUUCGAGGUCAAGCCGUUUGAAAUAACUGACGGGACCCAAUUUGUCAUGUACGAGUGAAACCAUCUCAGGACGGUAUCGGUGAAACCGAACGUUUUUUGAAGACGCUGGAGAAGUAUGCCGUGGUCAAGCGUAUGGAAAGCUGACAAAACCCAUAAGUUCAUACCGUCAAUAUCUCAGUUACAUAACGCGUCAGUUCAGCAAGAGAUGUUUAUGUUUGUGUUAAAGUUAUUGUGGACGUCCUCGUGGAAAUACUAAAGAUAUUACAGGGCAUAACGUGAACUACAUCAUAGCGAAAUAAAAACUAAAAUUCCUAGCUAAAGACCUGCGACUAAUUUCAUUUAAACCGUAAGAAAAAUUAUUUUCCAUUUUUAUAAAUUGUACUACACAUUGUUUGUGUCAUUUUGAAAUAAAAACUAAAAUUCCUAGCUAAAGACCUGCGACUAAUUUCAGUUAAACCGUAAGAAAAAUUAUUUUCCAUUUUUAUAAAUUGUACUACACAUUGUUUGUGUCAUUUUUAAAUGUAUUUUCGUCCUUCCAUUGUUACGUCCCUUUGUUAAGAUUGUGUGUGUUUUUUUUAAACCUAAACUUUAAAUAAGCUUUAAACUUGUUCAGUGUACACAACUACAAGUUCUACGCAUUUCAUUGUUCAGUGUACACAACUACAAGUACUACGCAUUUCAUUGUUCAGUGUACACAACUACAAGUUCUACGCAUUUCAUUGUUCAGUGUACACAACUACAAGUUCUACGCAUUUAAUUGUUCAGUGUACACAACUACAAGUACUACGCAUUUCAUUGUUCAGUGUACACAACUACAAGUUCUACGCAUUUAAUUGUUCAGUGUACACAAAUACAAGUACUACGCAUUUCCUUGUUCAGUGUACACAACUACAAGUACUACGCAUUUCAUUGUUCAGUGUACACAGCUACAAGUACUACGCAUUUCAUUGUUCAGUGUACACAGCUACAAGUACUACGCAUUUAAUUGUUCAGUGUACACAGCUACAAGUACUACGCAUUUAAUUGUUCAAUGUACACAGCUACAAAUACUACGCAUUCAAUUGUUCAGUGUACACAGCUACAAGUACUACGCAUUUCAUUGUUCAGUGUACACAACUACAAGUUCUACGCAUUUCAUUGUUCAGUGUACACAACUACAAGUUCUACGCAUUUCCUUGUUCAGUGUACACAACUACAAGUUCUACGCAUUUAAUUGUUCAGUGUACACAACUACAAGUACUACGCAUUUCAUUGUUCAGUGUACACAACUACAAGUUCUACGCAUUUAAUUGUUCAGUGUACACAACUACAAGUUCUACGCAUUUCAUUGUUCAGUGUACACAACUACAAGUUCUACGCAUUUCCUUGUUCAGUGUACACAGCUACAAGUACUACGCAUUUCAUUGUUCAGUGUACACAGCUACAAGUACUACGCAUUUCAUUGUUCAGUGUACACAACUACAAGUACUACGCAUUUAAUUAUUCAAUGUACACAGCUACAAGUUCUACGCAUUUAAUUGUUCAGUGUACACAGCUACAAGUAUUACGCAUUUAAUUGUUCAGUGUACACAGCUACAAGUACUACGCAUUUCAUUGUUCAGUGUACACAACUACAAGUACUAAACAUGUACUUGUUCCAUGUACACAACUUCACAUUAAAUAGUUCCAUGUGCACAAUUUUUACUUGGCAAAUUCAAAAAACAAGUUUAUCUUUAAAAUCCCCCCCCCCCCAAAAUUCCAAUGGCUACAUUGUAAAAUCAUUCUAAUCUUUUCAUUUAAAAAUUUCUCUAUUCACCUCUAAAUCUCUUCAUGUGCACAAUUUUUACUUGGCAAAUUCAAAAAACAAGUUUAUCUUUAAAAUCCCCCCCCCCAAAAUUCCAAUGGCUACAUUGUAAAAUCAUUCUAAUCUUUUCAUUUAAAAAUUUCUCUAUUCACCUCUAAAUCUCUUCACUCUCCUCCAACUCUCUUCUCUUCUCCCUCCAGAUCUUGUCCCCCUACUGUAACGCCAUGAGCUAUUGCUUCGAGACCAACCGCUGCCAGACGUCCGGCUCCUGCCUGUCCAGCAACUUGACCAAUCAACACAUGAGCACACAAUGCAGCAGCUCCGACGUCUUCUGUAUGCAGAAUGAAAAAUGUUUCUCUUCGUGCCCCACCCCUCCUGCUAGAUACGGCACCACGACGAUCAAUGGUAAGCUUUGGCAUUUCCUUGUAAUGUUAUACACCAGAGUAAUAUGUGUAAUAUGUUAUACACCAGAGUGAUAGUUGUAAGAUGUUAUACACCAGAGUGAUGUGUUUAAUAUGUUAUACACCAGAGUGAUGUGUUUAAUAUGUUAUACACCAUAGGGAUAUGUUUAAUUUUUUAUACACCAGUGUGGUGUGUUUAAUAUGUUAUACACAAGAGUGAUGUACUUAAUAUGUUACACCUACUUGAUAUGUGUAAUAUGGUAUACACCAGAAUGGUAUGUGUUAUACAAGUACUGUGAUAUUUACACAAUAGGUCGUGUUUUUAACAUUAUUCUUAUUGCCAGUAUUAACAGAUUGAAAGUCGACAUAGGGCACAUGACAUAUGACAAAUGAUCUAUUUUUACAGCCGACAAACGUGAUCUUCACAGGACUAUAACAAAAAGAGGUGGUGGGGGUGGAAUGUACUACUAAAUGUCGUUAUUUAUCACGCUCAUUCUCUCUAACUCUCUCUCUCUCUCUCUCUCUCUCUCUCUCUCUCUCCAAUUCUCUCACUAACUCUGUUGUAAAGUUUGGACAUUAUUCUAAAUGCUUUGGUUAUAAAUUCAUUUUUUGAGGUACCAAUAUUUGUAUGGCUAGCCUCGCCUUAUAUAACCUAUGAUCAAAGCAAUGCAUUGAAUAGACAUGUUAUGUAUUGAAGGUUUAAGGAUCUCUUCUAACAGUUCAUUCAGUUCAGACAUUUCCAAAAAUACAUCUUAAUGUCAUAACACAUCUUAAUGUCAUAAUGCACCUUUAUUUCACUACAUAUCUUUAAUUCACUAUACAGACGUCAUGUAUUUAGGAUAAUCUAGUCCUGUUUUUUAGCAUACACGACAUUUAAUAAAAUGUAGAUCAGUUUUAUUGAUUAGAUAGUAGUCUUUUGCACGAAAAUCACGUAGAGUGUAGUGCAUGAUCGGGUUAUUAUCGAUAAGCAGGUUUUGUUUAGGUUAGCGCCAUAUUCAUUGAGUCAAUUGGGGAAGGGGGAGAUAUGGAGAUCAAGUUGUAAUUUAUUGCUAAAAUUAUUGAUUUUCUAUUUUAAAUUGUUUCAGUAUUAAAGUUUGAUGAAAUCACUGAAUGUUAAAUUAAAUACAUUUUUGCAUGGUUUUUAUUCUGAUUAGUUUUUAUAUGGAGCUGUACAUUUAAUAAGAGAAGAAUAGUUCUAGUUAUUUGCUUAAAUGAGGGGGAUAUCUUAACAUUCUUCUGUUUUAUCUCAGAAAUGUUCAGUGAUUUAGUUCAAAUGUCAAUCUUAUCUCAGAAAUGUUUAGUGACUUGGUUCAAAUGUCUGUCUUAUUACAGAGUUAAUUCAAAUGUCUUCUGUGCUAUUACAGAAAUAUUAAGUGAAUUAGUUCAAAUGUCGCCUGUCUUACCUCAGAAAUAUUAAGUGAAUUAGUUCAAAUGUCGCCUGUCUUACCUCAGAAAUAUUAAGUGAAUUAGUUCAAAUGUCGCCUGUCUUACCUCAGAAAUAUUAAGUGAAUUAGUUCAAAUGUCGCCUGUCUUACCUCAGAAAUAUUAAGUGAAUUAGUUCAAAUGUCGCCUGUCUUACCUCAGAAAUAUUAAGUGAAUUAGUUCAAAUGUCGCCUGUCUUACCUCAGAAAUAUUAAGUGAAUUAGUUCAAAUGUCGCCUGUCUUACCUCAGAAAUAUUAAGUGAGUUAGUUCAAAUGUCGCCUGUCUUACCUCAGAAAUGUUAAGUGAAUUAGUUCAAAUGUCGCCUGUCUUACCUCAGAAAUAUUAAGUGAAUUAGUUCAAAUGUCGCCUGUCUUACCUCAGAAAUGCUAAGUGAAUUGAUCAAAUGUCAUUUAUCCUAUCAAAAAAUGUUUCGUGAGUUAGUUUAAAUGUCAUCCGUCUUAUUACAGAAAUGUUUCGUGAGCUAGUUUAAAUGUCAUCCGUCUUAUUACAGAAAUGUUUCGUGAGUUAGUUUGAAUGUCAUCCGUCUUAUUACAGAAAUGUUUCGUGAGUUAGUUUUAAUGUCAUCCGUCUUAUUACAGAAAUGUUUCGUGAGUUAGUUUAAAUGUCAUCCGUCUUAUUACAGAAAUGUUUCGUGAGUUAGUUCAAAUCAAGGAAUUUUACAAAAGAUACUUUUAUUUGAAGUUUUUUCCUUCACAAACAACCAGCUUAUAAAAUGUAACAGAAAGGAUAAAGUAAGGAUUUUAAAUAUAACCUAGUGCAAGGGUUCCCGACCUGGAGCGUGCACACCCACACGGUUUGAAGGGUGGCAUUACAAGGGGUGUGAAGAAAAUGGAUUCGAAAAACAGAGGAGGCAUUAGCUAUAAAGCUAUGAUAUAAAUGUUGAAAUGAUAGAAAUUUUGAUAUGAUAUAAAAGUUGAUAUGAUAGAAAUGUUGAUAUGAUGGAAAUGUUGAUGUGAAAGAAAUGUUUAUAUAUGUUAAAACAUGUUUCAUUGACAUUUUCAUUGUGUCAUUAGUCACAAGUUAUUAGACACGAGUCAUAAGUCACAAGUCCUAAGUCAUCAGCUUAUCUUUUAGAACUUUACAAAUAUCUUUGCUAUUUUAUUAAAAAAUUAGGAUUACAUUACUAUCGACUUAUAAAAUAUAAAUAAUUAGGCGCUACGAGGCUAGUCAAAUAAUACGUUGAGGUUGUUAGACUUAGGGAAAAAUCUCAAUAUUAUGGUGUUAUGAGACUAGUCAAAUAAUGUGUCGGUGGUGUAGAGUCUAAAAAAAUCUGGGAAACGCUUGGCAAAGGUUUCUAUUUAUUUGUUUUACCUUAAGAUGAGGGAGAGAGAAUUCUAAUUGGCAUGUGUUUUGUGAGGGGAAUAAGUUCAAAUUAGUCUAUAAGCCUAGCUACCUACGUGGGUACCUAAAUGGCUACUUAAGUGGCUUCCCCAUAGUUGGGCAUCUUAUUUCAAAUGGGUGAAAGGAGAUUCACAACUUCUUUGCAAUGCCACUUCUUAUAUCAAUAGCUACCCAACUUCUUAUAUCAAUGGCUACCCCCAACUUCUUAUAUCAAUGGCUACCCCACUUCUUAUAUCAAUGGCUACCCCACUUCUCAUAUCACUUGCUACCCCACUUCUUAUAUCAAUGGCUACACCAUUUCUUAAAUAAAUGGCUAACCCACUUCUAAUAUCAAUGGCUACCCCACUUUUUUUAUCAAUGGCUACCCCACUUCUUAUAUCAAUGGCUACCCCACUUCUUAAAUAAAUGGCUACCCAUAUUCUUAUAUCAAUGGCUACCCCACUUCUUAUAACAAUGGCUACCCCACUUCUUAUAUCAAUGGCUACACCACUUCUUAUAUCAAUGGCUACCCCUCUUCUUAUAUCAAUGGCCACCCCACAUCUUAUAUCAAUGGCUACCACACUUCUUAUAUCAAUGGCUACCCCACUUCUUAUAUCAAUGGCUACCCCACUUCUUAUAUCAAUGGCUACACCACUUCUUAUAUCAAUGGCUACCCCUCUUCUUAUAUCAAUGGCCACACCACAUCUUAUAUCAAUGGCUACCACACUUCUUAUAUCAAUGGCUACCCCACUUCUUAAAUCAAUGGCUACCCCACUUCUUAUAUCAAUGGCUACCCCACUUCUUUUAUCAAUGGCUACACCAUUUCUUAAAUAAAUGGCUACCCCACUUCUAAUAUCAAUGGCUACCCCACUUCUUUUAUCAAUGGCUACCCCACUUCUUAUAUCAAUGGCUACCCCACUUCUUAAAUAAAUGGCUACCCAUAUUCUUAUAUCAAUGGCUACCCCACUUCUUAUAAAAAUGGCUACCCAACUUCUUAUAUCAAUGGCUACACCACUUCUUAUAUCAAUGGCUACCCCUCUUCUUAUAUCAAUGGCCACACCACUUCUUAUAUCAAUGGCUACCACACUUCUUAUAUCAAUGGCUACCCCACUUCUUAAAUCAAUGGCUACCCCACUUCUUAUAUCAAUGGCUACCCCACUUCUUAUAUCAAUGGCUACCUUACUUCUUAUAUCAAUGGCUACACCACUUCUUAUAUCACUGGCUACCCCACUUCUUAUAUCACUAGCUAACUGACUCCUUAAAUCAAAACUUCUCUCGUGCUAAGUAUUUUAUUUUAAAACAAACAAAUUAGAAUAUUAAUGUACUGCGUCAUAACUUAGUGUACACAAAUUAGAUUACUAAUGUACUGCGUCAUAACUUGGUGUACACAUAUUAAACUACUAAUGUACAACAUGUUAACUUUAUAUUAGAAUACUAACCAUUUGACCUUGACCUUUCUUCACCAUUUUGUAAAACAGGUGCAUUAGGUAAGCUUACUGUGUGUGCUGUACUAACAUAUAUCUUAAUUCAUACCUGUGUGUCCUGUACUAACAAACAUCUGCAUUCAUUCCUGUGUGUGUGCUGUACUAACAAACAUCUUAGUUCGUACCGAUACUAAUGAUAUUAUCUUGUGCUAUAGUAACAAACACCAUAAGAAAAACAACACUAUGCUUUAUGUAAUACAAUACAUUCAGUACUACAACACAUCAGUACUACAAUACCAUCAGUAUUACAACACAUCAGUCUUACAACACCAUCAGUACUACAACGCCAUCAGUACUAAACACCAUCAGUACUACAAUACAUCAGUACUACAACACCAUCAGUACUACAACACAUCAGUACUACAACACCAUCAGUACUACAACACAUCAGUACUACAACACCAUCAGUACUACAACACCAUCAGUACUACAACAUCAUCAGUACUACAACACCAUCAGUACUACAACACCAUCAGUACUACAACACCAUCAGUACUACAACACCAUCAGUACUACAACAUCAUCAGUACUACAACACCAUCAGUACUACAACACCAUCAGUACUACAAGACCAUAAGCACAACAAAAUCAUAAGCAUCAUAAGUACUACAACACCAUCGGUACCACUACAAUACGUUCAGUACUACAACACCAUUAGUGCUUUUAACUGUUGCAUGUGGUACUGUUAUGUGAUUUAUUUUAUUUUUGUUUAUUUUGCUUACUAUAAAAUACUAGAAGAAAUGAUACCAUAUUACGGUUACCGAGGUAAAAAUGGAAGGCAUAUUCCGUUACCCUGUGCCUGCUUGUGGAAAUCUCAAUUAUUUUUUAAAUCACCUUUUCACGUAUAAAUCUGGAUUUGAUCUAUUGUAUCCUCAAAACAAACUGGCUAUUUUUCACACCAUUUAAAUUUAUAUUAAGGAAAUAAUAAAUAAGAAAUUUUAAAAUUAGUAUCUAUGUAUAGAUAUUUAUGUUUUAACUGCAUUUAGCUUCGAGAAAUUUUAUAUUUUAUUUGAAACAGGCAUGUCUUACACCUUUUCAUGCCCCUGAGCUACAACUAAAUACCGUUCCUUCUGACAGUAACACAAAUACAGAAUUUACCUGUCAGUAGCACAUGGCAAGAUUUUACCUGUCACUAACACAAAUACAGACUUUACCUGUCAGUAACACAAGGACAGACUUUACCUGUCAGUAACACAUUAUUAAUUUACCCGUCAGUUACACAUGGACAGACUUUACCUGUAAGUAACACUUGGUCUGACUUUACCUGUCAGUAACACAUGGUCAGACUAUACCUGUCAGUAACACAUGGUCAGACUAUACCUGUCUACACUUUGGCUAUGUUUGGGUAUGACUAGUUUCAGACACUUUCCAACCUAAGGUUCAAUAUUUAUAUAUUAUUAUUCUAUUAUUAACUUUUAAUUUUUCCUUUAAAACUUAAACUGUUGUAAAUUUUUUCAUCUUUUUCAACACCACUUCAACUGUUAAAUAAAUGUUAACAUUUCAUACUAUUUUGUUGACACUAGUUCUAGGACUGGACUGUCAAUCACAAAGUGUGUUCUAACCUUCUUAAAUGUGGUUUUGUAACUUUUUUUCUUCCCUAGUUAUUUUUUUAAAUUUUCAAACAAAAAUUUGAACCCAAGAUAAAACGCAAAGAGUCAACAUUAAAACACACUUUUUAAGUUUGAGUGGUCUCACCAAUGUGACUUGGCUCACGUAGUUCACCACGGCUACCUAAUGUGGUUGACUAGGUUGACAUAGCUGAUGUUGUUCACCAAGUUGACAUAGCUAAUGUGGUUGACUAGGUUGACAUAGCUGAUGUUGUUCACCAAGUUGACAUAGCUAAUGUGGUUGACUAGGUUGACAUAGCUGAUGUUGUUCACCAAGUUGACAUAGCUGAUGUUGUUCACCAAGUUGACAUAGCUGAUGUUGUUCACCAAGUUGACAUAUCUAAUGUAGCUAAUUUAGAAAGAAUGUAGAAACUGCCAUGAUAGCUUAGUUUUAUUCUUUUAAGUCUGAUUCAGAUGUAACCUUUUGAUAUUGAAAAUGCGAUUCUCAAAAUUAUUCUGUCGUGUUAUUUAUAAUGUAUGUAGUAGAGGAUUUUAAAUCCCUGCACCACCCAAUGUGGACACCAAGCAAUGACGACACUACCCAAUGUCCACAUUACCCAAUGUUUAAUACCUAAUGUCCACUACAUAUUGUUAACUAUCUAAUGUCCACAUUACCUAAUGCCCACUACAUAAUGUCCACUACCUAAUGUCCACAUUAACCAAUUCUACUACCUAGUGUCUACUACAUAAUGUCUACAUUACCCUAUGUCCACUAUCUAAUGUCAACUAUCUAAUGUCAAAUAAGUAAUGUCCUCUACGUAAUGUCCACUAGCUAAUGUCCACUACCUAAUUUCCACUAACCUUAUGUCCUCUAUCUAAUGUCCAAUAUCUAAUGUCCACUACCUAAUGUCGACUACCUAUUGUCCACUACCUAAUGUCCAAAAACCUUAUUUCCACUACCUAAUGUCCACUUUCUAAUGUUCAAUAUCUAAUGUCCUCUACCUAAUGUCCACUACCUAAUGUCCACAACCUAAUUUCCACUACCUAAUGUCCACAAACCUUAUGUCCACUACCUAAUGUCCACUACCUAAUGUCUAAUAUCUAAUGUCCACUUCCUAAUGUCCACAAACCUUAUGUCCACAACCUAAUGUCCACUAUCUAAUGUCCACAAACCGUAUGUCUACUAUCUAAUGUCCAAUAUCUAAUGUCCAAUAUUUUCUGUCCACUACCUAAUGUCCACUACCUAAUUUCCACUACCUAAUGUCCACAAACCUUAUGUUCAUUACCUAAUGUCCCCUAUGUAAUGUCCAAUAUCUAAUGUCCACUAUCUAAUGUCCACUACCUAAUUUCCACAACCUAAUGUCCACAAACCUUAUGUCCACUACCUAAUGUCCACUAUCUAAUGUCCAAUAUCUAAUUUCCUCUACCUAAUGUCCACUACCUAAUUUCCACCACCUAAUGUCCACAGCUAAUGUACACUACCCAAUGUCUACUACCCAAUGCCCAAAUUACCCAAUGUCCACUACCUAAUGUCUAUAAUCUAACGUCCACUAUCUAAUGUCCAAUAUCUAAUGUCCCAUGUCUAAUGUCCGCUACCUAAUCUACGUACUUAUUUUUUUCCCUGUUUUGAAAUGUAUAUGUCUCUCUAAAUAUACUGAUAACACUUAGGAGCUAUAUUUUUAAAAUAUUUUUUUUUUCUUUUAAGUUAAAAUAUAUUUUUGGUUCUUAACACUUAAUUAUUUGAACAUUAAUUAUUAACCAUUCCAAAUUUCCUCCACACUCUCUUUCCGGUACGUCUUCUCUGUCAAAUGACUUCAUGACUUAACAUCCGCUCUGACAUAUGACUUCAUGAUGUCACACCUGCUCUACCCUAUGACUUCGUGACGUCACACCUCUUUGGUCUAAAGUUCCAGAGUACGUGGUCAAGGAAGUCUUACAAAUCAAUCCAACAACUACUGGCACCCAGUGGAUUGACCAGAGUCCCUUCCUGGACGUACAACCCGGUUACAUUCUAGGCAUAAGCCACGGCUACGCGGGGAGGAUAUCAGAGGUGGCAUCCUCCCUCACGGAUGUCAGUGUCGGCAGCUCACCCCCGGCAGUAGGGGCUUCAUACUUCAGGGCCAAUCUCAUCAACACUUCUACGACGCAUGCGCUCCAAGCAUUCUACUCAUCUGGAUCAAAGGUAAGGUACCUACACAAAAACUCAAGCUAAAAAGAUCUACACAAAACACAAGCUAAAAAGAUCUACAGACAAAACACAAGCUAAAAUGAUCUACACAAAACACAAGCUAAAAAGAUCUACACACAAAUACAAGCUAAAAAGAUAUAUACACAAACACAAGAUAAAAAGAUCUAUACACAAACACACGCUAAAAAGAUCUACACACAAACACAAGCUAAAAAGAUCUAUACACAAACACAAGCUAAAAAGAUCUAUUCACAAACACAAGCUAAAAAGAUCUACACAAAAUACAAGCUAAAAAGAUCUACACACAAACACAAGCUAAAAAGAUCUAUACACAAACACAAGCUAAAAAUAUCUACACACAAACACAAGCUAAAAAGAUCUAUACACAAACACAAGCUAAAAAGAUCUACACACAAACAAAAGCUAAAAAGAUCUACACACAAACACAAGCUAAAAAGAUAUAUACACAAACACAAGCUAAAAAGAUCUACACACAAACACAAGCUAAAAAGAUCUAUACACAAACACAAGAUAAAAAGAUCUAUACACAAACACAAGCUAAAAAGAUCUACACACAAAUACAAGCUAAAAAGAUCUAUACACAAAACACAAGCUAAAAAGAUCUACAGACAAAACACAAGCUAAAAUGAUCUACACAAAACUCAAGCUAAAAAGAUGUACACACAAAUACAAGCUAAAAAGAUAUAUACACAAACACAAGAUAAAAAGAUCUAUACACAAACACAAGCUAAAGAGAUCUACACACAAACACAAGCUAAAAAGAUCUAUACACAAACACAAGCUAAAAAGAUCUACACACAAACACAAUCUAAAAAGAUCUAUACACAAACACACGCUAAAAAGAUCUAUACACAAACACAAGCUAAAAAGAUCUAUACACAAACACAAGCUAAAAAGAUCUACACACAAACACAAGAUAAAUAUCUUUUUAAAAAAACUAAAGGUAACAAAUAUUCAUAAAAAUAUGAAGGUAAGAUAAUUCAGAAGCCACGUUAGUCCAGGCCCUUUUGAGUGGAUGCAUAUAGAUGGUGAGUGGUGUCAUAAAGAUGUUGAGUGGUGUCAUAUAGAAGCUGAGUGAUGUCAUAUAGAUGCUGAGUGGUGUCAUAUAGAUGCUGAGUGGUGUCAUAUAGAUGCUGAGUGGUGUUAUAUAGAUGCUGAGUGGUGUCAUAUAGAUUCUGAGUGGUGUCACAUAGAUGCUGAGUGACAGUGCAAACCCCAGGAAAGUCAACUGCUCCCACCCCCUAAAACAAAUGUCAACAAAAAUAAACUAAAAUAAAUUUUAUAAAAAAGAUUUACUUGAAAUUUGAUAGAAAGAAAUUUCGUCGACGGAAAUUUGAUCGACUGAAGUUUGAUAAAAAAUGUUUUUCAGUCUACACUUUUAUAUUUUCGCCAAUUUUUUUCUGAACGCACUAUACUUUAAAGUAAAACAAAAUAAUGGAAGAAAUUUGACGCAAAAUUUGAUCGUGUGAACUAAAAAUAAAAUUCGAUCAAAUUUCCGUUCGACAAAACUUCUGUCGCUCUAUUUUCCGUCGACGUGAUUUCUUUGAAAAGAAUUUCCGGAUAUGAUAAAAGACGACUAAAUUGUCAUUUUGGCCGGGCUCCUUUUAACGAUUAAAACUCUACAGUUGUUCGAAAAUGCCGCCCACCAUAUAAAGAAAAUGUGAUACCAAGGUGGACUACCCCUUCUUUAUACGCCCCUUGCAGAGGCGUAUCUAAAAUCUUUGGUGCAAAGGGCAAGAUUCAUUGUACGCUACCCCCCAACCCAUUAUUUUCAUCCAUCAAAUAUCUUCAAAGCUCACUUUUGCGCUCCCGCUAGUCUGGCUGCCCGGGGACAUAUGCCCCUUUCCCCACUAAGCAACGCCCAUGGCCAGUGGCACUUACCAACCGAAAAUCUGAAACACAACACAUCCCCCACCCCUGCUUUUUGAAGACAGUGUCUAAGAGCGACGCUGAAUCCACAUAUCUGAUUGGCAAAUUACGAAACUUUCCAUGAUUUAAAAUGAUUGGAUACAACUCAUUAUUUGUUAUCCAAUAUUCAGCUGCAGUUUAAGUAUGAGUUCCUGAAAGAUCCUGGAGUGUUCCCCAUGAAAGUAAUGGCAUCCAACAAGAACCUCCCUCAUUCAGCUAAUGCCUCAGUGGACAUCAACCUCCUUGAAGGAGUGGACAUCGCCAUCAUCCAGGGACCUUUGUUUGUUCCCAGUGGAGAAGUUAUCGUCUUUACCUUGGCUAACC